CCCCGCGGCCUCUCACCCGGCGGCACCGCGCUGUCCCCGUUCCUCUCCCGCAGCUCCAACCUGAUGACCCACCAACGUAUCCACACCGGGGAGAAGCCCUACGAGUGUCCCGAGUGCGGUCGGAGCUUCACC